AUGUCGGGCCUCAAUACUGUCGCCUACGACGGCACCAUCGCCACUGGCGGUGACUCGCUCACUACAAACCUCAAUCAAUACUACAACCCAGGCGACAUCGCAUGGAUCCUCACCUCCACCGCCCUCGUCUGGCUCAUGAUCCCCGGUGUCGGUUUCUUCUACUCCGGUCUCGCGCGCCGCAAGUCCGCGCUCUCCCUCAUCUGGUUAUCCCUGAUGAGUGUCGCCGUCGUCAGCUUCCAAUGGUUCUUUUGGGGUUACUCGUUGACUUUCUCGCAUUCUGCUGGAAAGUACAUUGGUAACUUGGAUAAUUUUGGAUUGAAGGAUGUACUUGGUGCACCGUCUGUUGGAUCGGUCUUCAUUCCGGAUCUUUUGUACAUGGUUUACCAGGGUAUGUUCGCUGCGAUUACUCCCGCCCUCGCUAUCGGAGCUGCUGCGGAGCGUGGACGUAUGCUUCCCUGUCUCGUCUUUAUCUUUGUCUGGUCUACGAUUGUCUACGAUGUCCUUGCUGAGUGGACCUGGAACCCCGCUGGAUGGUUGUACAAGCUCGGAUCUUACGAUUUUGCCGGUGGAACGCCCGUCCACAUUUCCUCUGGAACCGCUGCUCUCGCUUACUCUGUCAUGCUCGGUAAGCGUCGCGGUCACGGUACCCACGAACUCAACUUCCGCCCCCACAACGUCACCCACGUCGUCCUCGGUACGGUGUUUCUCUGGUUCGGUUGGUUCGGCUUCAACGGUGGAUCUGCCGGCGGUGCCAAUAUCCGUGGUGUGAUGGCCUGCGUGGUCACCAACAUUGCUGCCUCCGUAGGUGGAAUCACCUGGGUCUUGCUCGACUACCGUCUUGAGCGUAAGUGGUCUACCGUCGGUUUCUGCUCCGGCGCCGUCGCUGGUCUCGUCGCGAUCACUCCCGCCUCUGGUUUCGUCCCCGCUUGGGCUGCUGUCAUCUUCGGUGUCGUUGGUGGUGCUGCUUGCAACUUUGCUACUGGCUUGAAGUACUACAUUGGUGUUGACGACGCUCUUGACAUCUUUGCUGAGCACGGUGUUGGUGGUAUCGUUGGAAACUUGCUCACUGCUUUCUUCGCUGCCGACUAUAUUGGUGCCUUGGACGGGGUCUCUGCCAUUCCCGGUGGUUGGUUGAACGGUCACUACAUCCAGCUCGCCUACCAGCUCGCUGAUUGUGCUGCGGCCGUUGCUUACUCUUUCGGUGUUACCUGCAUCAUCUUGUUCGUCAUGAACUUGAUCCCUGGUCUUUCCCUUCGUGCUUCCGAGGAGGCCGAGGUAGAGGGUAUCGACGCUGCUGAGAUUGGUGAGUUUGCAUACGACUUUGUCGAGCGUGAGCGUGAGACCCGCGUUCCCGCGCUCAUGGGUUACGAGGGUGCCUCCGGCGAGGGAUCCAUGACCCACCCCAAGGAGUCUGAAGCUGCUGUUAGCGAGAAGCACCGCCCAUUUAACCCUGAAGCUGAUGCUCAGGUGUAA